CGGUUGGUCAUCGGAUCAGCUCCCGGAGUUUUUUAAGCUUCCGUGUAUUUUUUGGUUCGCUGUUUAGAAAUGAACAGCAAAGCUGCACCAAUUGCUUCCGACCGACGAGGGUAUAAAUACUCGGAACCCACCUGAUCACUGUGUUUCGUUCCUCCCGCUUCCCAUCUCUACUCCCCGGCAGCAAAGGCGAAGUCGAGUCCCCUCGCCAUUUCCGAUCUAGGUUUUCGUUGUUCGCGCCAUGGCAGCCUCCAACCCCGGGGGUUUCAGGACUGAACAAGAAUCCGAAGGUUCAAAACAAAGCACCGCUGAUAUGACAGCAUUUGUGCAAAAUCUCCUUGUGCAGAUGACUGUUUGCAGCAAACCCGGUUCCAAGCAAUGUCUGAAAGCAUUGUUUCAAGGAAUAUCCUUUUCACCACUCAGUCGCAAAGUGCACCUUGAUACAGAUGAAAUGGGAAGCAAGAUUGAUGAGCUGGAGGAGAGCAUCAACGACCUCAAAGCUGAGAUGGGGGCAGAAGGUGCAAUCAAGCCAAAGCCUGAAGAACCCAGGCCUCCUGAAGAGUCAGCAUAAGCUAAAACAAGCAGGGGUAUCGAAAUAGCACAGGGUUUCAAAAUAUGGCAUUUUCUAUAAUUUAUCUUAGGAAAUUGUCAAUAUAGCAGCUGAUGGUAUUGAUACCAUUGUUAUGACAAGAAGUUGGGUUGAUCUUGGUGUCAUGAAAUAGUUUUCAAAAUUUUAUCUUUCUAGUGUAUAUCGAAGAUCCUUUUAGGGUGCUCCAUUUCUUUUUAACUUAUGGUGUCGGUGUUAACUGAUAUUAUCUUAAAUCCUUCUAUGAAUGGUUCCUACCAUGUGUUGAAUACAGAUGACACUAGGUAGUAGACGCUGUUGGAAGCGUACUGUUUAUGUAAUGAAAGUCAUAAGAUAUGGUAGGUCUGGUUUUACAUACAAGCGAGAAAGAGAAUGCAACGUGGUUGUUUUGUUGUUGGGUAGCUAAAAUAGGUUUACAUGGAAUUUAAAUUCAAUGAGUUUUGGCAUAUAUAUGGUUGCUUUUGUCAGACCUGUCCUGAAAGAUAUGUAGGUCGCAAAACCUGAAAAUGAAGUUUAUGAUAGACAUGUCUCCCGCCUUAUAGGAAACCAUAUCUUAUGAUUUCUCAUUUCCCCGAGUCCUAUAUGUCAACCAAACAACUUCCAUGAUGUCAUUCAAAAAGCUUAGCCUGAUAACUUAUAUAAGAUUGUCAGGACGUAUAGGUCACUUUUUUUUCAUUUAUGAUUACUAUGUUCUAGUUGUAUCAUAAAUUGCAUCUUUUUGACCGUCUAUGCUAUAAGAAUGUCUUCUGGCAAUUCCAUGGCGCCAUAAACCUUUGCCAUCUUGCAGAAAGCUAGAAACACAUACUUCACUAAUUUGUUUCAGACUUGGAAACUCACACCGAUAACUAUCAAGCCUCGUCCCAGUUACCUGAGGUUGGCUUAUUUGCCAAUAAUUUCUAUCCAACGGCUGGUGUGGAACUGUUUCUAGCAGGUCCCGAUAUUCUCUCUCACCAGGAAGAGGCUUACAGGCAUAGGGAAUACGACGAGGCACAGCCAUCCCUCAAAAGCAAUGGACCCCGGC